AUGAUGGUGCCAAAGGACUGGGCGCAGUUCGAUGAUGCGGACAUGAAGAUUCUACACAACUUGGGCAUUGAGACUGACGCAGUCAUCCACAACGCACGCCCUGGGACCUUAUACGAUGAGGCCUUGCGCUACGAGAAGGGCUCCGCCAUUUUGUCCACUGGCGCAUUGGCCGCCUACAGCGGGGCCAAGACGGGGCGCUCGCCCUUGGACAAGCGAGUCGUCGAGGAGGAAUCGACUGUGGACGACAUUUGGUGGGGCUCGGUGAAUGUCAAACUUGCAGAAAAGAGCUUCAUCAUCAACAGAGAGCGAGCCAUCGACUACCUCAACACACGUCCCAGACUGUAUGUCCUUGAUGGCUUCGCUGGCUGGGACCCUGACUACCGCUACAAGAUCCGGGUGAUCACGAGUCGCGCGUACCACGCCCUCUUCAUGCACAACAUGUUGAUCCGCCCCACCGAAGAAGAGCUCGCACACUUCGGGGAGCCGGACUACACCAUCUACAACGCAGGUGCUUUCCCUGCAAACCGGGCCACUGAAGGCAUGUCAAGUGGCACUUCAGUGUCGUUGAACUUCAAGACUCGGGAGGUAGUGAUUUUGGGCUCGCAGUACGCCGGCGAGAUGAAGAAAGGCGUUUUCACCAUCAUGAACUAUCUCUUGCCCAAGCAGGGCAUUCUCAGCAUGCACGCGAGUGCGAAUGAGGGCCAGGACGGCGAUGUCACGGUGUUCUUUGGCCUCAGCGGCACGGGGAAGACCACGUUGUCGGCGGAUGAGAACCGGAAGCUUAUCGGUGAUGAUGAACACGCCUGGACAGACAAGGGCGUGUUCAACAUCGAAGGUGGCUGCUACGCGAAGGCUAUUGGCCUCACCAGGGAGAAGGAGCCGGAGAUUUGGGAUGCCAUUCGCUUUGGCGCGCUCUUGGAGAACGUGGUGUUCGACCAGCGCACUGGUGAAGUGGACUACAACGACAACAGCAUCACUGAGAAUACCCGGGUCUCGUACCCACUGGAGUACAUCCCCAAUGUGAAGAUUCCUGCAGUUGGUGGUCAUCCGAAGAACAUCAUCAUGCUCACUUGCGAUGCCUUUGGCGUUCUUCCACCAGUCUCCAAGCUCACGCCAGCACAAGCCAUGUAUCACUUCAUCUCUGGCUACACCGCAAAGGUGGCUGGCACCGAGAUGGGCGUGAGUGAGCCCACCGCCACCUUCUCCGCCUGCUUUGGUGCCCCCUUCAUGGUGUGGCACCCGGCCAAGUAUGCCGAACUGCUGGCUGAAAAGAUGGCCAAGCACAACGUGAACGCCUGGCUGAUCAACACCGGCUGGACGGGUGGUGCCUUCGGCCUGGGCCACCGCAUGAGCUUGAAGGAUACUCGUGCCAUCAUUGAUGCGAUCCACUCGGGUGAUUUGGCCAAGGUCGAGUACGAGAACUUCCCCAGGUUCAAUUUGGCGGUGCCGAAGAGUUGUCCCAACGUUGAUGCCAAGAUCUUGCUCCUCGGCACUUUCCCCGCGGGCCGCGCGCCCAAGCUUCUCGAACCGACCUUCGGGGAAGGUGCUCGAGUUCCGAACCUCACGAACGAGUUAACCAUGUUGGCCUUUCAAAACCGGCAGACCUUUUCCUCCGAUUUCCCAUCUCCCUUUGACUUCUCGGUGCCCUUCUCCACCUUCUCCUCAAUGGCGGCGGUCAUCGCCUUGACCUUGGUAGUAGGAGGGGCGACCUUGGUCUCCUGGAUCGGCUGUAAUUCGCUGAUGGCCAGGGACUCUGCCUCGGCCGUGAGCAUAUCCGAGAAGCUCAACACCGUCUCCAGAGUGGGUGUUACAUCGACUCCCAACGUCGCCCGAGUCGACGACAUUCUAAAAGCCACUUGGCUGGACGUCCGUCCCACCAACUCCGUCAUCUUGUCCAAGGCUCCCAGCAGUAGCGUGGCAUCCGGCGUCGCGAUGUCCAGCUCCUGCGCUCGCCUCAAGCUCCUCCUCCACCCUCGAAGUGUCACCGGUGGCGGUGCUUUAGGAGGUGAAGGUGGUGGUGUAGUCGUCGGUGGUCGCGGCUUGUCCUCAAUGGCCUUGGCCGCCUUAGUUUCGACCGUCUUCCGAAGUUCAGCCAAUUCCUUCUUCAAGGCCGCAUUCUGUGUCAUCACCGCCUUCAAGAGCUCCUGGAUGUCCAUCGAGAUCCCUCGGCCUUCCUCUCCAGGCUCCACCCGUCCAGAAGUCGAAGGACCCUCGAGGAAACCCGCCUCCGACUCCGCUGUCGGCAACGCUGCAGGUGUGAGCGUCGUGAGCGCGAGCCUUCCUCGGGCUCGCUACAAGCAGCGCCUGGGCGAUGUCGCCUUGAGGGCCUCCCGGGGUGAGCUUUCAGAGGAUUUGACUCGCAACCAUCCAGGAGAUGUCAGAUUCUGGGCCGAGAUUUGUGAGGAGCUCUACCACCACCUGAAGUCUCAAUCACCCAGGAAUAUCAGCUUAGUGUUGUCAAGCUUGGCACGGAAACAAGUGAAAGAUGUUCAAUUGAUGGACUAUGUGGCCGGCCGCCUGACCCCCGGAUGGCUCACCGUUUUCAACAUCCAGGACCUGGCACUGAUGUGCAACAGCUACGCUUCCCUGUCCCAUCCAGCACCGCAGCUCUUCCGGGAUUGUGCGGAGGAGCUUCUUUGGAAGCUUCCUGAUGCGACAUCACAAGAGCUGGCAUUGGUAGCGUCAGCCUAUUCGAAGCUCCGGGCCUAUGAUGCCACACUCUUCAGGCAUGUGGCAGCAUACUCCAUGAGGCAAGCAGAGGAGAUCACUCCCAGACAUGCGGCCAAUUUGCUUCAUGCCUUUGCUCGUGCUUCUGCACCCGAACCGCCUCAGUUCAUGGACCGCUUGGCUCAGCGGCUCCUGGGUGGCCUGGCAGACCUUUCGACCAUUAGUGUGGUGCAUGGUGCUGUAGCUGCCUCCAAGGCAGCGCACCAUGCGGUGGCCCGGCAGCUUUUGGAGGCGCUCACGCGGCGCUUCGUCAUGCUGCUGCGCAGGGAGCAGGUCACGGCUCACCAGGUCGCCGUCAUGGCCCGGGCAUUUCUGGAGGCGGGGCUACGCAGUGAGCGGGUGGUCGAAUCCAUGGCUCACUGGCUGGUGCCUGAAGAUAGCGAGACAGCCGUAGCAGCCGCUCAAGGCGACAGGUCGCAGCUCCAGCAGCUCUCUGCGGCCGCUGAGGCCCUCGUGGCUUUACAGCUCAACCAGGAGACCGAAUUUAAGCUCAAGGAGACCUGGAGGUGCAGGAACAGACAGGUGGCAGUGCAACAGCCACGGACUAUCCCGGCUAUCAGAACAACCUUUGGGAGGAUGUCUUGGAGAUGA